AUGGUAGAGAAGAGGAGCUGUACCGAAACCGUGGAACGGGAAAAUGUACAGAAGAGGACCUUUACCAGAUGGAUAAACCUACAUUUGGGAAAGUGCAAGCCUCCUCUGAAAGUGAGAGACUUGUUUAUUGAUAUACAAGAUGGCAAAAUCUUGAUGGCGCUACUGGAAGUCCUGUCAGGACAAAAGCUGAUGCAUGAGUACAAAUCUUCAACCCAUCGCAUUUUUCGUUUGAACAACAUAGCCAAAGCACUUAAGUUCUUGGAGGACAGUAAUGUAAAGCUUGUUAGCAUCGAUGCAGCAGAAAUAGCAGAUGGAAAUUCCUCUCUGGUACUUGGACUAAUAUGGAAUAUAAUCUUGUUUUUUCAGAUUAAGGAGCUGACAGGUAACCUCAACAGGAACUCCUCCUCCUCCAGCCUGUCCUCCGGGCCCAGCGGUCCAGAGUCUGAUGCAUCCCACCCCAGCACUCCCAGCGUGGAGAGGAAUAUGUCUGUUACAGUGAAGGAUCAGCGGAAAGCCAUCAGAGCUCUUUUAAUCUGGGUUCAGAGGAAAACCAGAAAGUACGGAGUUGCAGUUCAGGACUUUGCCAGCAGUUGGAGGAGUGGCCUUGCUUUCUUAGCUAUCAUAAAAGCAAUAGACUCUACUUUGGUAGAUAUGAAGCAAGCGCUGGAGAAAUCGGCUCGAGAAAACCUGGAGGAUGCUUUCAGCAUAGCACAAAAUAAGCUGGGUGUUCCUCGGCUCCUAGAACCAGAAGAUAUCAUGGUGGAAUCACCAGAUGAACAGUCAAUUGUGACGUACGUGGCGCAAUUUCUGGAACACUUCCCGGAGCUGGAAGGGGAAGACUUUACAGAUCCUGACAGGGAGCUUCCAAUUGAGUCCACGUACGUCCACAUCAAAGACACACCUUCAGAAAAGGAAGGCAAAAUCUUGAUUUUAAGUGAAAGUGAAGAAAACAUGUACACUGUUAAUCACGAAAGGAGUCAUCCUGCUCCUCCAAAGGUUCAUAUUGAUGACACCGCUGAGAGAAUCCCAUCAGAAACCGUUCCUGAAAAAUGUAAUGGAAAAUUCAGUCAUGUGUUAGGCGAUGCACAGGAAGUGUCUGAAGAGGAGCCUCAGAGGCCUACCUCACUGAAAAUUACGGGAUCUUUCAGUUUUGAAUCCAGUUCCUCUUGGGAGGUUCUAAGUGAUAAAUUCAUGUCAGGCGAAGGGGGCAUAUCUGAUGAUCCAUUGAAAGAGAAUGAUGACCUUUCUCCAGCUGUUCUGACAGAUCAGAAAAAUUCUGUUGACUCUUUUGAAGACUACUCUGAAGAAUUUACUAAAGAAACCUCUACUGAAUAUGACAACGAAACUAAGAGCCUUUCAGCCAAUACUUCUUCUUUGAGUCCGUUGUCCUGGACUUCAGGUAUACUUACAGAUGAAUCUAUAAAUAAAGUAGAAGAGAGCAAACCCCAGACUUCAGUUCUUUUACCAGAAGAUACCUCAAAACAAGAAGAUAUGCAUAAGUAUGUUCUUCAUCUUCUAAAUGAGGAAAUACUGAAACUUCCACAAAAUGAACAUACAAAGCAAUCACCCGUCGUUGAGACAACAGAAACUAACCAUUGUUCACUGAAUGGUUCUGAUCUCAAAAGCCAAGAACUAUCUACACAGCAUGAAGCAUCUGAUGACUCUCUCUCAGAUGUACCUAAAAAUCCAGAGGACCUGGACAGCUGUGAUGAAGUUGAGUCUCCAGAUGAAGUGCUGCCCAGUUCUUCAAAAGUAUCUGUAAUACCCCAUGAUCUCUUUUAUUAUCCACAUUAUAAUGUUCCCAUAUCAGCAGUUUUGAACGCUUACCUUGAGCCUUGUAUUGAAAGUUAUGAUACUGGAAAUGACAAAUCUUCUUCUGAAACACUAACGGAUGUUUCACAUGAGAAGGGCUUAGCAGAACAGAACUACAAGGAAGAUGCUCCAGUGCCAGACAUAGGGAAUAAGCUAGGUGUCCCUCCAUCAGAAACAGAUACUGAGAACAGCGAGGAGGAAACGACAGAAAUCAACUGUCACAUAAAUUCUUCCGAUAAAAAAGAAGUGCCGUUACUAGUAGGAGAAGAGUUAGAAGUUGAAAAAGAUGGCAAAAAGGCCAUCGACCAUCAAGAUUCCACUAUUCCACAACAUCCUGAGGCCAUAGUAGAACAUUUAGAGGGUUUAUCAACAGGAAUGAAGAGGCCAGAAAACAGUAGUAAUAGAGAGGAAGAAGGGAAAGAUACGAUCGAAGCAGACCACUUGCAGAUCUCAGAAGUUGCCACUGCUACUCUGUUACAAGAUAAACUGGAAGAAAUUGCUGAUUGUCGGGAAUUUACCAGCACCAGUGACAGUGAUUCCAACAUUUAUCUCCGAAAAAGAUCUCCUAAUAUUUCUGAGGAGGAAACCUAUGGUGUAAAUGAGCAGAAGAUGACAGAUAUGGGUGAAAAUCCAUUAAUCAUCAGGAAGAAAAAGGACUUGGAAGCAAGAGAGACGCCAGCACCAACUCAUGAGGUUACGACUGCUGAGCAGCCAGACCUAUUCUACUUCAUUUUCUUCUGGAUGCUGGUCUACUGCCUUUUACUCCUUCCACAGCUUCUUAGCAACAAAAUUUAAUCUCUGUGAGGUGUGGAAUAAUAAAGGACGGUGGCUGGAUUGCUUUGUGUAUCUGCAUAUGAAUAUGUUCCUUCAGGUGAAGCACAAAUAGAAAUGUAGGACCUGGUAUUUGUGUUUAUUAUCAGGUUGUCCUCAAUUCCUCUACUGCUGUGCUAUGACAGUGUCUGAGCACAUUUUAUAUUAUGAUAAUUGUGUAAAUAUAUAUAAAAAUGACCUGAUUUAGUAGACGCAAUUUUGUACAUUUGUGCCUUGCUUUAUAAGAUGCUAAAUAAAGCCAGAUAAUUAUCAGUAGAAAUAUCAACAAUUCAGAGCUCUAGUCUUCAAAAAUGAUUCUUCUGGCUUCAUUUACUUACGUAGAGCCUGACAGCUGUGGAAGAGGGGUGGUGUUGACUUGCCCAUGAAUCUGGCCCAUCUGCUAGGGCAAGGCUAGAAAUGCUUUUUCACGUUUUCCAUGGAAUUCUUUGAGAGAGCUGGAGGCAGAGCAGAGCUGCAGGUGGUGAAACAUGCUGACCCAAGGAAUUGAUUACAAUUCCAAUGGCAAUCCACUGGAGCAACAAAAUCAGGUCGAGGGUUUACUUGGGUA